UUCUCCCCCUCCCGGCCCCGCUCCCGCUCCGCCAUGGCCUGGGCGCUCCGGUUCUGCUCCGCGCUGGCCCUGGCGCUGCUCCCCGCCGCCCCGCAGCACCUGCCGGCAGACUGUCAGCAGUACACAAACAGGAGCUGUGAGGAGUGCCUGAAAAAUGUCACUUGCCUGUGGUGUGCCAGCAGUGGGAGGUGUGUGGAGUACCCCGUCCGGAGAGUCCUCCCCCCCGCCGACCUCUGUGAGCUCCGCUCCGCGCGCUGGGGAGUCUGCUGGGUGAACUUUGAAGCCCUGAUCAUUGCGAUGUCUGUGGUGGGAGGAACAAUCCUGAUCAUGCUGGGGGUCUGCUGCUGCUGCUGCUGUUGUAAGAAAAAGAGCAAAAAGCCAGACAAGGACGACGAGAGAGCGGCCAGGGAGCGGGAGCGGAGGCGGGUGCGGCAGGAGGAGAGGAGAGCAGAGAUGAAAUCACGACACGAUGAAAUCCGAAGGAAAUACGGCCUGUUCAAGGAGGAGAACCCUUAUGCCAAAUUUGAGAAUUAGCACCUCCAGACCUGCCCACCCAGUGCCUCCCUGCAGAGCCACAGGACUCCACGAAGAGACCCCUGUGGUGCCACUUCCCCCUUCAGCUGCCAGAGGAGACGAGACAAAUGCUUGAUGACACCGUUGUCCCCACUCCAGAUGCUCACUUGGCUCCAGAGCUUUCCUCUUGCUCUGCUGGUGCAGGAAAAUGUGGUGGCACUCCUAGAGGAUGACACUUCUCACUCACUCCUGGGGUGGUAACAAGAGUCCAAAGCAAUGCAAGUAACAUUCCUUGUCUCUGGCCAAGGGUAAAAGCAACCUGUGCACCUUUCUUGCUCCUGCCCCACCAAAUGCCUUUCACACACACACACACAGACAAGCUCUUCUAUCUCCUUUUGUUGUUUUUUUUUUUUUUCCUUCCUUUUAAUCUAAGCAAAAGCCAGCAAGAGUUUCUUGACGUGUUGGCCUUGGCUGUUACUCCAGGUGCCUGUUCUUGUCCCAGCACAUUAGCAUUCCUUUCAAAAAGCACAAGUUCCUGGUUGUCUCGGGCUUCCAGAAGGAAGGUCCCACGUGCACGUUCUCACUUGCAACUAAUCUGGGGAAAUGCCCCCCCCCACUCUCCUACCUCUCUGUGCCUUUCUAGAAAGGUGGUCUCCUGGGCUUGGUGGCCACGGCUGAUAGCAAUACUGUAGGAGUCAGAUGCAUUUACAAUGUGUUGACUAUAUAUUAAACUGAUUUGAUUACUA